AAAGACACGAUUCAAGAAUAGGCCCAUUAUCAACACGGACCUUUCAAGGACAGCAAAAUGAAUGCGCAGCACCAUGGAAAUGAGUUGCAGAGGAACUAGGGUAUACUGAACUUUCAGCUGGAAAAACAAUGUCGUCUUCCUCCUCGUCGAGAUCGCUUCUUUUCCGGAAUGGUUUCUCUUUGAUCAAGCGAUUGAUGAACCAAAGUACUGCCCGAAAUUCGCUGCAGACGGUAUCUCGGACCCCCGAAAUCACCCCGAAGCUCUUCCCUUGUAUCUCCUCUCAGACUUACGCUAUCCAUUUCCCCCCAAAUAAUGCCGAUUUAUUUCGAAACCUGUCUGCGGAGGGUUUUCUCUACCCUUGUGGCCUCCCUUCGCUUGGAUUUUUUCUUCCUGAGGGAGAAACUUCUACUAACGAGCCAAUGCUUUGCCACACUAAAAGAACGUACCAACCAAGCAACAUAAGACGCAAAAGAAAUCAUGGAUUUCUUGCGCGAAAGGCUACAAAAGGUGGCCGGAGAGUAAUUGCUAGAAGAAUUGCCAAGGGACGCGCACGAGUAACAGUAUAGCUUAUGUACAAACAUAUAGCAUCAUGUGGCAGUUCUGGAUCUCAAUCAAGAGUUAUUCUUACUAGAAGCAUGGUAUAUAUACUGCGCGCAGCAUGCCCCAGUGGGGAGUCUCUGUUUCUGAUGCCACCAAGUACUUGUGUUUUAUCUUGUUCAGAAUUUCUCAAUGAAUCCAUCAUAUUUGCUUGCUGCUUUUAAACCUUAUUGUAAUAAUUUCUAUCCGAUCCUCCAUUUUCUUGUUAAAAAGAAUGAAAAUUACUUGCAUAGACUUUGCAACAUCUGGACAGGGAUAUUCCAUCUGGUUAUGAAUGCUGCAAAUUUGGGAAGUUGACAGCACUUUUCGUCAAAGUUACAUACCCCGUAGCAUGUAUUACAGAGAAUCCCUGUAUCCACUCAGUUGUUGGCUUGAUCACAACCAUUCUAUUGAGAGCAGUCGAUUAAGACAAGCAACCGAUCCAAAAUUUUCUCAUGCCAAAAUAAGCCCGUGUUUGUUUCAAAUGAUGGGUGGGGGACCAAUGAAGAUAAAAGAGGUGAGGAAAAUAGAGAAUUACAAGACUGUUAUGUGCUUGGUUCAAUUCAAUGAAUGCAUUUCAGAAAAGUAUAUGGAAGUUGGAGUAUAUAGUUGUUCUAAUCCCCUUUAGCUAUGUGCAUUUUUUAAUAAUUGUUCAAGCCUUCAAGGUUUACCAAAUAUGCUACCGAGACACUUGGGGCUGAUUUGAAAAUCGCAAAAUUGAAUACUUUGGGAGUUGGGACGGAUUGAAAAAGUAAAUUCACCAACUGAUACGGUGUGCUGUACAUAUACAAAAGAGUGAGAGUUUUUGUAAAUGGAGAAAUCCGCUCGGCAGUAUUAGAGGCCGUUGGGCAACCCUGUUUUUCGGCUUGUCAGGCAACUUUUUCAUCAAACAUGUAAUUUUUGCUUUCGCGCGUUGAA